AUGAGUAAUCACACUCAUCAUAAUACGACCACCUUCCCUGGGCUUCUUUUCCUCCUGAUGGGUUUCCCUGGACUGGAAUCUGCUCCGCAUUGGCUGGCCCUCCCUGUGUGCACAACGUAUCUGUUGUCUGCUCUUGGCAAUGGGACAGUCCUCUUGGUCAUACUCACAGACAUGAGUCUCCACUCCCCAAUGUACGCCUUCCUUGGCAUGCUGGCUGCCUGUGACUUGGGCUUGUCCACAGCCCUUCUGCCAACGAUGCUCCGUGUCUUCCUGUUUGGAUUGAGAGAGAUCAGCCAGGAGGCUUGCCUUGGCCAGCUCUUCUUCAUCCACACCUUCUCCAUCAUGGAGUCCUCUGUGCUCUUGGCCAUGGCCUUUGACCGCUUUGUGGCCAUCUGCUACCCAUUGAGGUACGCUUCCAUCCUGACCAGCUCCAGGGUGGCCCACGUCGCCUUGGCCAUUGGCAUUCGGGGCGUGGCCUUGCACCUGCCAAUCCCCUUUCUCCUCAAGAGGCUGGCCUACUGCCACACUAACAUCCUGUCCCACUCAUACUGCCUCCACCCAGACGUGAUGAAGCUGGCCUGCCGCAGGUCCAGCAGGGAUGGAAUCUACGGCCUUUUUGUGGUCUUCUCCACCAUGGGCCUAGACCCAGUGCUCAUAGUCCUGUCUUAUGUCUGGAUCCUGAAGACGAUUAUGGGCAUCACCUCACCAGAUGAGCGCCUCAAGGCUCUCAACACCUGUGCCUGCCACAUCUCUGUGGUCCUGCUGUUCUACACCCCCAUGCUGGCGUUAUCAUUAAUCACCCGUCUCAAACUCCAAGCCCCACCCCUCCUCCAUGUCCUGUUGUCCUACCUCCACUUCCUGGCUCCGCCCUUGCUAAACCCUGUGCUGUACUGUGUCAAAAUGAAGGAGGUGCGUAAAAGAAUAGCUGCAAAGCUUCUCUUGAGCCAACGGGUCAGUUCAGGAGGCUGA